UCUACUAGCCAAUUGAAAUAGCUGUUACUAUGACUGAGAAAAACCACAAACGGCGAGAAUCAUGUAAUUUAAAGUCCACAAAAUUACCUCUUAACUACGUCACACAAAAUUCAAUUGACUUUGAGGCAUAAAAUCUGCUGAUAAGCGAAAAGGACAUUCACAAGCGGCAAGGACACGUGGGCAUUCUGUUGUAGACAGUCAAACAAUUCACGCUGGGCAAUUGCAUUGAUACAGUCGCUGUUGUACCGCACAAGAUUGUGCAUCAACUCAGAGGUGGUUCAAAAAUGGCGCCUACACUUUACUACUUGCCACCUAGUCCACCAUGUCGCAGCGUUUUGUUGUUGGGUAAAAUGCUAGGCAUUGAUUUCGACUUGAAGAUCAUAAAUAUAUUGGCCGGUGAGCAGUUGAAACCCGAGUUUUUGCAGUUGAAUCCUCAGCACUGUAUACCAACAAUUGAUGAUGAAGGACUUGUGUUAUGGGAGAGUCGCGCUAUUUUGCAAUACCUGGCAGCUGCUUAUGGCAAAGACGAUUCACUCUAUCCAAAAGAUGUGCGUGUUCGUGCGUUGGUCGAUCAACGAAUACACUUUGACUUGGGCACCCUGUACGCACGCACGUUUGACUACUAUUUACCUACUGUGCUAUGGAGUGCUCCUUUGGACGAGUCCAAAAAAGCCAAACUGAAUGAGGCAUUCAACUGGUUCAAUGACUCGCUGAAGGGUCAUGAGUACGCUGCAACGGAUAACUUUACAAUUGCUGAUCUCACCUUGUUGGUAACGGUGUCACAAUGCGAAGCUUUCGGAUUCGAGAUUGAUUCCUACAAUCGUGUCAAACAUUGGUUGCGGCGUUGUAAGGAUUAUAUGCAACCAUAUGACUAUGAGGAAUUGAAUGGUAGCAAAGCUGUGAUCUUGGCUGACAUGUUUCGUGCAAAAAUUGAAAAUCCAUAAAUUGCUAAAUUCUUGAAAGAUUGUAUUGAUUCGAAUUAUUUCGCUGAAUUACACUAGAAUCUUAUAUUUGUAGAACAAUAAAGCACCCACGUUGUAAUAGAUUAUCACUAUAGUAGUGUU